AUGAAAGUAGUUUCGGUAUUAGCUGCCGUGAUGGGCGUUACCACUGCCCAGCCCGCAUUCUGGAGCAGCAUUGCAUCCGGCGGUGGUCUGCUCAACGAGCUUUACGGCUCGCUGCUAGAAUCCCACGACAGCAGUUCCCACGACAAAGCAAGUGGCUUGGCUACACAACGAUUCACACUGGACGCAGAAGAGGACGAGGAGUUUCGCGCUCGGUGUGGCUACUAUGAGCACAACCCUGUAACAUAUCCUGACGACGAUUUGAGUUCAGAUCUGCAACUUUUCGCGGGCAUUGUAUCGUUUGCACAUGUGCCCAUAGAACGAUGCUUUGACGCCGCACAUGGCGGUGCUCAAUAUGACAUCGCAGUGGUUGGGGCACCCUUCGACACGGCAGUGUCUUACCGUCCAGGCGCGCGAUUUGGCCCUAACAGCAUCAGACAAGGUUCCAGAAGGCUCGGCGGAGGAUUUUUGCCCGUCAGAGGGUUUCCGGGCUCAAAAAUGCGGCAUUUGGAUCCUUACAACGCAGGCUACAAGAUCGUGGAUUGCGGGGAUGUACCGAUGACUCCUUUCGACAACCGGAUCGCUUUGAACCAGCUAUACAGAGGGCAAAGGGCCAUCUACAAUCGCACCACUGUGAAAGAGGAUUUGAAAGUCCCAAAAGUAAUCACGCUGGGAGGUGACCACACGGUCACACUGAUGGCUCUAAGAGCUGCUCAUGAGCACCAUGGCCCUGUCGCAGUGAUCCAUUUCGACUCUCAUAUCGACACUUGGGAUCCCAAAGUGCUCGGUGGUGGAAUCACUAAGACCCAGAGCAUUAACCAUGGCACUUUCCUGCAUUUCGCCCACGAAAGGGGUUAUAUCGCCCAGGACAAAUCGAUACACGUUGGAAUUCGCGCGCCCUUCAUUGUAGAAUCUGACGAAAAACACGACCACGACUGUGGAUUCGAAAAGAUUGUAGCACGGGAUUUCGACAUUCUGAAUUUCAGAGAGAUCGUUGAUACCGUCAAAACGCGUGUGGGUGAUCUGCCAGUCUACAUCACCGUUGAUAUCGACGUUUUGGAUAUUGCAGUUGCACCCGGCACGGGCACGCCUGAACCAGGUGGAUUAACUGCGAGAGAACUUCUCACUGUUCUGGACGGUCUUGAAGGUCUGAAUGUCAUUGGUGCCGAUGUUGUAGAAGUAUCACCGGCAUUUGAUUCAAAUGGAGAAAUCACCUCGAUCGUUGCUGCCCAGGUGGUAGACUCCUUCUUAGGCCUGAUGACAGUUCAUUAG